AUGACCCCAAACGUAGUUACACCAAUUGUUGAAAACAAAAACUUCAUCAAGUUCUCAUCGAAAGUUGAAGAAAAACACGAAAAGUUGUUUGGAAAAUACAACUUUUUAUGGUUUCGAUUCGACCACGAACUUAAAUACUUUAAUAUUUGGUAUUUAGCAUUUUUUCAUCUCGGAGCUUUAUUCGGUUUACUCACUUUUCCGUACAUUCAAAAAUGGAAGUUAGUCAUUUUCACGAUUAGUUAUGGAAGUAUGGCUGGAUUUGGGGUUACAGGUGGUGUUCAUAGAUAUUUCACACAUAAAUCGUACAAAGCAACGAAAUUAAUGAAAAUUAUUUUAUUAAUUUGUUAUGCAGCGGCUGGUCACAAUCGAAUUUUCGAAUGGGUUCGAGAUCACCGUGUUCAUCAUAAAUUUAGCGAAACCGAUGCUGAUCCACAUAACUCAAAUAGAGGUUUUUUCUUUUCUCAUAUUGGAUGGUUAAUGAUGAAAAAACAUCCGGAUGUUAUUAAAAAAGGUGCUACCGUCGAUAUGAGUGAUAUAAAAAAUGAUCCUGUCGUUGUUUGGUACGACAAAAAUUUUAGCCGAAUCCAAUUCUUUUUCUGCUUUUUACUUCCAACACUUUUAGUUCGAUUUUGGAUGGGCGAAUCUUGGUAUUGGGCUAUCUUAACGCAAGUUUUCGCCAGAUAUGUGAUUGCUAUUAACGGGACUUGGCUAGUAAACAGUGCUGCUCAUUUGUUUGGGCGAAAACCGUACGAUAAAUCGAUUCAACCUCGCGAAAAUCUUUUCGUUAGUUUCAUGUCUGUCGGCGAAGGUUGGCACAAUUACCAUCACACGUUUCCGUGGGAUUACAAAGCGUCCGAGUAUGGACGAUUGAAUGUGACCACAUUUUGGUUGGAUUUAUUCGCCAAAUUUGGUUUGGUUUACGAUAGAAGAUCGCCGUCGGAGGAAUUGGUUAAAAAAGUAACCGCGAAAUGCGGGGAUGGUACUCAUAAAGAGUAUGCAACUUAUGUUACAGAAGAAGGUGAAAUACGAAUGAUUAAUUAA